AAUAAAACAAUUUGCUAGAGGAGAUCUGUUCAUUACAGAUUUAAGGAAGGCUGAUGAGGGAAGUUAUGUGUGUGUUGCCCAGAACCAGUUUGGAACAGUAUCAGCAUCUGCCUAUCUUACUGUUACCGGAAUAGUUCCACCACUGAUUGGCUACAUGGACCCUGUUAUACAGGUCACUACAGGUGAUUCAGUUGAAUUAAACUGCCAGGUAUUACUUGGAAAUCCUAAACCAAAAGUCAACUGGUUAUAUGAAGGUCAGGCAAUAACAACUGAUGAAUUUACCACAAAAUCUGGUGAUGGCAAUGUUAACAUUGAUGAUGUUCAGGCAUUCCAUGGUGGAGACUACCUGUGUCUAGCUUCUAAUGUUGGCGGGAAUGCUUCCUUUCUAGUGAGGGUUGAAGUUCAAGUUCCGCCAAUAUUUGGGUUUGACUCGCCGGAAGAUAACGUAACAGAUUUUAGAAUUAACCAAGGUGAUACUGUAGUUCUUCCUUGUAAUGUACAGGGAGAUCCAACACCUUUGAUAACAUGGUUCAAGGAUGAAAGUCCCAUUUCACUGACAGACUAUCAUUACUAUAUAAGAGAAGAUGGGAGUUUAGAGAUUUUCUCGGCCGAGGCCACUGAUACUGGUGAAUACAGAUGUCAGGCCACUAAUAUAGCUGGAGAUAUAGAAAAGGUUGUGGACCUUUUUGUUCAGGUGAAACCAACAAUAGCUGGAGAGCCUAAUGAAAGAUUGACUGUGACAGAGAACGAGACAGUUGUGUUGCCAUGUGUCGGUAGUGGUGUACCAACACCUGAAAUAACAUGGAGGAAAAACUUUGUACCGUUUAAUCCUACAUCAGAAAAGUACCUGUUUGGAGAUUAUGGGUUGACAAUUUUAAACUCAAAGAUUGAGGAUAAAGCCAUCUACGAGUGUAUUGUAACAAAUGUGGCAGGAUCUGAGACCAAAGUUAUUACCCUUGUUGUACAGAUUCCGCCAGUGAUUCUAGACAAGGGUGCCUCAGAGAUCACUGUUAUCAAAGGAGAUGAUGUGACAUUGCUUUGUGAAAACUUCGGUAACCCAGUACCUACAGUUGACUGGAAGAAAGACGAGACAGUACUUACAGUGUUUGAUGAAGUCAGUGGAUUUACAGAGUCCGAGAAUGGAUCGUUACUUAUAGAGUCUGUUAGAGUAGAUCACUCUGGUAGAUAUGUCUGUGUGGUAGAAAACAAUGCUGGAAUAGCUACAAGGGAUUUUACUUUGAAUGUAUUAGAUCCUCCAAAAUUACCUUCAAACCUGACCAAGUAUAAAGAAAUAAUAGAGGGCAGUCCGGUGGUUAUCCGGUGCCCGGCCUCCGGUACACCUCAACCAUUGAUCACAUGGUAUAAGGAUGGUUUGCUGAUCACCGGAGAUCAUGGUGGACUGGCUAUACUGGACGAUGGUUCCCUGGAGAUUUUAGAUGCAGAAGCUGAGGAUUCCUCUGUGUAUACUUGUAUAGCCGAGAACCAGGCUGGUGAAGUGGAGCAUGAUGUUGAAGUUAAAGUUAUAGUUAAACCAAAGUUGACAGGGAAAGAUCAAGGUCAGGAUGGUGUAGUUGAUGAUAAGAAUGUGAUAAUUGGUAACAAUAUAACAUUGGUAUGUCCAGUAGAAGGUGAUCCUCAACCUACAAUAACCUGGCUACAGAAUGGAUACGCGUUACAACGAUCUGAGUUGGGUACAGUGUAUGAAAUAUCAUCAGAUGGAAUGAACCUGACUGUUUACUCCGCAGACGUGGACGAUACAGCCAGAUAUACAUGUAUAGCUGAAAAUAUUGGCGGUGAAGUGGAGAAAAGUUUUGAUCUUAAUGUUCAUGUGCCACCAAACAUUGAUCCAGACUCAGUGUCACCUGAUGUUAACAUUAUAAACAAAGACAGCUCUCUCUACAUAGAUUGUCCUGUAACAGGAAUUCCUAGACCCAAUGUUCUAUGGUACAAGGACGGAGAUUUAUUGUCACCAGAAAAUGACCCAAACUUACAUGUACAUGCUGAUGGUCGUAGAUUAGAGAUCGUUGGGGCGCAGGUGUCAGACUCUGGGAAAUACAAGUGUGUAGGAGAAAAUGUAGCUGGACGUACAGAACAAGAAUUUGAUGUUGAUGUACAUGUUGGCCCUGUGAUCGAGCGCCCCGGAGAGAUUGAGAAGCCUGAGAUAAUUAGCAACGAAUCUAUCAGUCUUACAUGUCCUGCCUCGGGUAUACCAUUACCAAGAAUUACCUGGUAUAAAAAUAAUCAAAUAAUAUCAGCAAAUACCAGUCGUAUCACCUUGUUAGAUGAUGGAUGGACUCUGAGAAUAACCUCUGUAAAUGUUGAAGAUUCUGCCAGGUAUACAUGUAGAGCCCAGAAUGAGGCUGGUGAUGGUGAAAAAGUAUUUGAUCUUGAUGUCUUAGUUCCCCCUAUGAUACAGAGAGAGAAUUUGAACCUUGACCCUAAAGUUGUCCUCAAUCAAUCAUUGAUUAUAAAUUGUCUGGUAGAAGGUAAACCUUCCCCUACAAUCAUAUGGUAUAAAAAUGGGAUUCAACUAGAUGCAUCUGUACAGCCUCGUUAUGAAAUUUUAUCAAGUGGUCGUCAGUUACGUGUGAAACAAGCCCAGGUGUCGGACACGGCAACAUUCCAAUGUUUGGCAGAAAACAAAGCUGGAACAGAUUCCGUUGACUUUAAUCUUAAAGUUCUUGUGCCAGCUACCAUUGAUUUCCGACGAUAUAAUAAAAACCCGAAAGUUGUUGUCAACGGUAACCUAACAGUUCUGUGCCGGGUAACAGGAGUACCUGUGCCAACAAUCUCCUGGUUUAAAGAUGGUGAAGAUUUAGAUGUAGACAGUCUAGAUAAUGUAGAGGUAGACAACGAGGGACAGGAACUGACUAUAUACAGUGCACAGGUUGGAGACACAGCACUGUAUACAUGUAGAGCUGUGAAUGAAGCUGGUGAAUCUGAUAUCUCAUAUCAAGUAGAUGUUCAAGUUCCGCCCACUAUUGAUGGAGAUGAAGUAGAUAAUAACCCACAUGUGGUGCUAGGCAACUCUAUUGUAUUAAACUGUCCUGCUAAAGGUGUACCCACACCUAAUAUAAUAUGGAUGAAAGGGGGACAACCUAUUGACCUCAGCACUAACUCACAUCUUACAGUAGAGGCAGAUGGUCAGAGGUUGGUAAUAGAAAGGUCUAAGCUUACAGAUUCUGAUGUUUUCACCUGUAUAGCUGCAAAUCAGGCAGGCUCCCUGGAACAAGACUAUGACUUAGAUGUAUGGGUACCACCAGCAAUAGACAGUUCAGAUCUGAAUCUUAACCCCAAAGUAAACAAGGGACAUUCAUCAGUACUGUUUUGUCCUGUUGAAGGAAAUCCUGUACCAGAUAUUCUCUGGUUGAAGGAUGGUGAUCCGAUACAAUUAGAUGAUAGGGUACAGAUUGUACAGGAUGGUAUAGAAUUGAGGAUACUCAACUCUAAAGAAUCGGACACUGGGAGAUAUACAUGUGUGGCGAGGAACCCUGCAGGACAACAGUCUCUCUCAUAUGAUCUAGAAAUACAUGUUCCACCAUCGAUAGAUGAGUCAAAUGUGGUAUACUUCAGAAAAGUUGUAGAGAAUAGAACUAUUAUCAUAGAAUGUCCAGUAUCAGGUAUUCCUAAACCCAAGGUAAGCUGGCUCAUUAACAACAGCCCAGCUACCCCGAGAGAAGGCUUACAGUUUACCCACAAUAAUUACCAUCUUGAGCUAGCUAGUGCACAGGUCACAGAUACUGCUAUAUAUACAUGUGUAGCUACCAAUGAGGCAGGAGAGCUACGCAAGAAAUUUGACUUAGAAGUGCAAGUACCACCUAAGAUAGAUUACUCCAAACUGGAGAAGGAACGGGAUGUUAUUCAGAACAGAAGCCAAGUAAUAAUAUGUCCGGUGAAUGGUAUUCCGGUUCCAUCUAUUAUCUGGUACAAGGACGGGGUACCGCUGUUAGACUGGCCUUAUGAUGAUCUUAGUCUGACAAAUGGUGAUCUCAGUCUAGAGGUACUGAAUGCACAGACAGACGAUGCUGGGGUCUACACAUGUCAGGCCACAAAUCCUGCUGGUCAGGUUAAAUUUGACAUCACACUACAUGUUUAUGUACCACCUCAUAUUGUGGACUCUGAAAUUGUGAGUCAUGUAUCUCACACCGAGGGAGAGAAUAUUGCCCUAGAAUGUAUAGCAUCUGGUCUACCAGAACCUCAGCUAGCCUGGAUAAAAGAUGAUAAAACCAUCGAGAUACUGGAGAAUCCACACAUUACAAUACAGAAAAAUGGUCGUCUACUACAGAUAGCCAAGUCAGAAGUAUCAGAUGCUGGCAAGUAUAUUUGUCAUGCAGAGAAUCUUGUUGGUAUAGCUGAACGAAUGUUUGAACUGGAAGUCAACGUUCCUCCUAUUAUAAAUGGAACAUUUGACAGACUGAACAAUGUAUGGGUGGUUAUUAACGACCCACUGACCUUAGAAUGUCCAGCUACAGGUGUCCCUCCACCUGUGAUUACAUGGAAACGUCAGGAACAGUUCAUACAACAAUAUGGUAGUCCUGGUAUACGUCUUCUAGAUAACGGCAGGAAGUUAUACAUUGUUAGUGCACAGUUAACAGAUCUCGGAGACUACUCUUGUUACGUGGAAAAUGUCGCUGGAAACACUUCUCUUGACUACUUCGUCAAUGUUUAUGUACCUCCUACAAUAGAGCGAGGUCUGGAGAGAGUUGAAGCUGUUGUUAACACUGGAGCUACGCUAUUUUGUGAAAGUCUCGGACUUCCUGACCCAGUUGUUACCUGGGAGAAAGAUGGUAAACCAUUCCCUACCACUGGACUCCGACAUCGUAUGAGGGUAUCCGGUACGAUUGAGUUUACGUCAGUACGAUUAGAAGAUACUGGGACAUACACGUGUAAUGCUACAAAUAAAGCAGGGACGGCAGCCAGGGUUAUAAAGUUAGAUGUUCAAGUACCACCAAGGAUGGUAGGCAGGCAGCCGCUGUAUUUGAACACUGCUGAGGGAAGAUCUAUUGUACUACCAUGUGAUGUUACAGGCACACCUGUACCCACUAUUACCUGGCAGAAAGGAGCCAAGGUUGUCCGGGGUGGUCCAGGUAUUGAAGUUAUAGAGAAUGGUUCACUGUUGGUACAGAAUACUAAGGAGGAAGAUGCUGGGGUCUAUCUGUGUAUAGCACAGAAUGAUGCUGGGGCUGCAUUUGGACAGAUUAUUCUAAGAAUUAAUUUGCCACCAAAUGUGUAUGUUAGAGAGACAGAUUUUGUGAUCAACAAGGGUCAGAAGAUUGUACUACCUUGUAUAGCGAAUGGCAGACCUCGACCAAAGAUUACCUGGGAGAAAGAUGGUGUACCUGUACGGAGAAGUAACGCUUAUAUAAGAUUGACUAGGACAGGAUUGGCUAUAACCUUUGCAAGAGAGGAGGAUGUAGGAACAUAUACAUGUAUAGCAACAAAUGAUGCGGGCACAUCCAGAGUAGACCUGAAAUUACUGGUGCAAGAGCCUCCUACUAUAGAAGAGGCUAGUCGUCUGCUCACUUUCACACUGGGUGAGAUAGCUGAUAUAGAUUGUGCAGCUACUGGUAUACCUCCACCUAAAAUACGCUGGUUCAAAGAUGGUAGAGAAAUUUCAGUACCUUCAUCAAAGUAUGACAUCACUGAUGCUGGAAAAUUAAUCAUCAAGGAAUUAACAGAAGAUGAUCAUGGCAGCUAUCUGUGUACUGCUAUCAACGUUGCUGGACAAGCUACACAGGAACGCUUGGUUAGAAUACAAGUGCCUCCAUCAUUCAUUGUGGUUCCACAAAUUAAGGAAGUGACACUGAACUCUAGACUUGAACUAAGAUGUACAGCUAACGGCAAACCUACCCCAACAAUUCAUUGGAAGAGAAAUGAGGUACCAGUACGAUAUCAGCCAAGUGUGAAUGGACGCAGUGUGUUUAUAGUGCACAAUGUUAGACGUGAAGAUGCUGGAGUAUACACAUGUCUAGCUCAGAAUCCUGCAGGUCAAGCAGAGGUCAACACCAUGGUUACUGUCAAAGUACCACCAGAAAUAUUAGCAUCACCUGGUAACAGAGCUGUCACUAUAGCAGAGAGGGUUAUCCUCACAUGUUCUGUUGGUGGAGAUCCCCCACCAGAAGUUAUAUGGAUGAAAAAUGAACGUCCAGUUAGACUUAGUGAUAGAAUCAAACAACUGAAGAAUGGAUCUCUGGUUAUAUUUGACUCUACAAGUUCUGAUGCAGGAGAAUACAAGUGUGUAGCCACCAAUGAUGCCGGUAUAUCAGAGGGCGUGGCCAUGCUUACUGUUAGAGAACCACCAUCAUUCUUGUUGGAACCUCAGCAUACAAGGGUUAUUCACGGGGAGACUAUUCUAGUAGAUUGUUUAGGAUCUGGAGAGCCAACACCUAAAAUGGACUGGAUGAUAGGCUGGGAUAUACUGCAAGAUCAGGGGAGAUUAUCUAUACUUCCUAAUAAUACUCUCAGGAUACUUCUAGCCCAGCUGUCAGAUUCAGGGUCGUACAGAUGUUUGGCUAGUAAUAAUCUGGGUCAAUCUUUUGUAGAGAUAAAUAUCACAGUAGUUGUACAUGGUGACUGGUCAGAUUGGUCAGACUGGGCGUCAUGUAGUGCUACUUGUGGUGAGGGACGACAACUUCGUCACAGAUUGUGUGACAACCCGGAACCAGCCAAUUACGGUGAUGAUUGUAGAGGGAUACCAGUAGAGUCCAGGACAUGUCAGAUAAGACCUUGUCCAGUACCAGGAAACUGGGGUCAUUGGUCACCAUGGGACCCAUGCAGUGUCACCUGUAAUGAAGGUACUAGGUUGAGACGACGACUCUGUGACAACCCAGCACCCCAAGCUGGUGGUGCGAACUGUGACGGCGAGGCUGUUGAGAUAAAGUCAUGUAAUAAGAGAGGUUGUGCAGUUGAUGGAGGAUGGGGCAGCUGGGCGUCAUGGCAGGCAUGUACAGUGACAUGCGGGGAAGGUCUACAGGAGAGGAUACGUAGGUGUGACAAUCCUCCACCCUCAGAUCAUGGCGGCUACUGUCUCGGGGAUGAGGACGAAACACAAAGAUGUAAACUUAGAGAAUGCCCAGUUGAUGGUAAUUGGGGAAACUGGGGACAUUGGAAUCCAUGUACGUUAUCGUGUGGUGGUGGGACACGGACAAGGUCUCGAGCUUGUAACUACCCAGAACCUCUAUAUGGAGGAUUAUACUGUAUAGGGACAGAUUUACAACUUGAUUACUGUAAUAGUGAACCUUGCCCUGUUCAUGGUGGCUGGGCAGAUUGGGGUCUAUUUGGGGAGUGUUCAGUCAGCUGUGGAGGAGGGUUGAAGAAAAGGUUCCGCACAUGUUCUAACCCGUCACCUAGCAACAAUGGACAUCCAUGUAGGGGACAAGCUGAUGAUACUGUGCCAUGUAACAGGGAUCCCUGUCCAAUUGAUGGUGAAUGGUCAGUGUGGUCAGACUGGAGUAUGUGUUCUAGAACAUGUGACCGAGGUACAAAAUACCGUCAACGUAGAUGUCAACAACCAAGACAUGGUGGUGCAACAUGUAGGGGAGAUAAUAAACAGAUCAUGGACUGCUAUCAGGAACCUUGCUAUGCUAUCCCGGUGGAAGCUGAAGGUAACAUGAUAGGUUACAUCAACAAUAUAGAUAUUCCAGCAGCUACAUUUACUGUACAAAUGACACCGCUACCUGAUAAAACAGCCACCAGGAUAAAUGCUACCAUCAGAGGUGUGCCCAAACUGCUAGUUCCACAUUUCCGCCACUUAUUGUCUGUUUUGAGUCCCGUAUACUGGAGUACAGCACAGGAGAUAGAUGGAGCAUAUAAUGGCUACACAUUGACAGACGGACAGUUUACUAGAGAAGCUCAGAUACAGUAUGCUACAGGUGAAAUACUCAAGAUGUCACAUUACUCUAAGGGAGUUGACAGUGAUGGUAAACUUCAGCUAGAUAUUGUUGUAAGUGGAAAUGUUCCAGAUAUCUCACCAUCACAAAAUGUCAGAAUCUCACCUUACUGGGAACAGUACACACAGUCUGGACCAGGUUCAGUACAGACACAGUCAAGGAGGUUAUUACAUGUAGAUGGUCACAUGUUACCUCAUGCAUCCAAUCAUAGUAUAGUGUAUAAUAAACUAGACAAUAAGAUGCCGUUCCUGGUACAGAGAAUGCAUGCUAGUAACCUGUAUGUAGAUGUCUUCCCAAAUAGAGAACUUGUCAACUAUAUCCUUGAUACAAGCAUUUCACCAGGUUCACCAAGUAAUCAGUGUCCUGAAGGAUAUAUUCUACAUGAAGAGGGCUCUUACUGUCAAGAUAUUGAUGAAUGUACAAGUACAGGACCAUGUUCAGAUUACUGUCAUAAUUCUAUAGGAAGUUAUUACUGCUCCUGUCCUAUAGGAUAUAUUCUGGAUGUAGAUGGUAAACAGUGUAAUGAUGUAAAUGAAUGUAAUUAUGUGCCAUCAAGCUGUCCAGUAGACAAACAAUGUACAAAUACAGUUGGGUCGUUCAUCUGUCAUAUAAAAUGUCGUAGAGGUUACAGACCUUCAGAUAAUGGACAGGAUUGUAUAGAUAUAGAUGAAUGUGAGGAGACACCAGGUGUAUGUAAUCAGAUCUGUGAGAACAGGAAUGGUGGUUACAGGUGUAGAUGUAUGCCUGGAUAUAGGCGUAUCUCUAGAGGAGUUUGUGUUGAUAUUGAUGAGUGUGAAUUAACUACUCCGCCGUGUGAACAGGUGUGUGCCAAUGCUGCUGGUAGCUAUCUGUGCAGCUGUAGACAGGGGUACCAGCUUGUAUCUAGAGGAAGAUGUAGAGACAUUGAUGAAUGUAGUACAGGUGUAGUGUCUUGUAGUGCAGGUCAGAGAUGUGUUAACUCUGCUGGAAGUUAUGAAUGUAUCACAGUCUGUCCUAAAGGUUCAACUUUACAUCAAGGAAUAUGUAUAGAUGUUAAUGAAUGCACAACUGGUAAACAUAGAUGUUACCACAACCAGAGAUGUGUCAACAGCAAUCCUGGUUAUAGAUGUAUAUGUCCACGAGGUUACAGAUCAGCCGGGCCUGGUACACCAUGUCUAGACAUUGAUGAGUGUAAGGAUGAUCCAGGCAUAUGUCAGCACAAUUGUACCAACACUGUUGGCUCCUAUACAUGUACAUGUCCACCAGGAUACAGAGUGUCACGAGACCAGUCUACUUGCAUAGAUAUUGAUGAGUGCAUAGAGAAUUACAUUGACUGUGGAAAGGAUAAAAUGUGUUUUAACACACUAGGGGAGUUUACCUGCAUUGAGACGCCAUGUCCAGAAGGUUACCAACGUGACCCUGUCACAAAUAACUGUGUACUUGAGUGUAUAGAUGCCGAGGUUGCCUGCCCUGAAGGUGCAAGAUAUGCUGAUGUGAUCGAGUUCCGGACACUAGCGCUACCUAGUGGCGUUCUGACCGAACAACGUCUUAUCAAAUUGACAGCUUAUAAUCAGAAUAACGAGAUACUACAUAACACGGAGUUUAAGAUAAUCGAGAACGAUAAGACAUUGGCGUUUUUUAUUGAGCUAGAAAAUGGUAUAGGCAUAGUGUACACCCAACAACCAUUAGAAGAUAGUCACAAGUAUAAAAUAAUGGUUCGAGCUAAAUCCUAUGAUAACACACAGGUGAACAUUCAGUAUCAAACCACGUUCCUUAUACACAUCGCAGUGUCCGCAUACCCAUAUUAAUUUUUUUUUCACAUAUUCUGUUUUGUAUGUUUUGAAAUGGUGUGUAAAAGAUGGAGGGGGAGAACAUCAAAAAUGUCUAUAUGAACACGUUUUUAAGUCUUUACAUUGAUCAUAUUUUGAUUGAACAUAUUUUUGGAAACAUUCUUUAUAAUACAAUUACCUUGCAUGAUUUUGAUGUACUAUAUUGGUUUUUACAUAACUUGAUUUUACUUUGAUUGACAUGUACUAUUUUUUCAUAGUAUGAUUUGGGUAAAAAAGUGAGUAGCAGGCACUGGUUUGGUUGUUAUUCUUUGUUCUGAAGAAAUUGAAAUUAGUUUUAAUUUUAGGUGCUAUUGACAAGAUAGGUUGGUUACUUUUAGUUGUCAUAGAUUUAGAGAUUUUUCCUGCUGUUGAAUAUUUGUGUUUCCUUUGAUGCUAUACUGCUAUAGCUUGAAAUUCAGUUGCCAGGGACCUAUAAUUUUACUGCCACCUGCUGAAAAGAUAAUUACUUUGUUUAUACAUGUAGUUAAUUGAAAAAUGCUUGUCUGUAGAUCUUAUGACUGGUGAAGCAUAAAAGUACAUUUCUGGAUAUUUAAGAAUUUAAGCAUAUGUUGUAUUUCAUAUUUCAGAUAUAAUCACUAUUUUCUUGGAUAAAUAUUAAGUAUUUCCUCUGUAUAAAAUUUAUGAUUUAUAUUGACUAUUAAGCUUUUAAAUACAUACCUUAAUUUUUUAACUAAAAUCAUUGACAGUAAUAUUAGGGAUCAGACAAAAACACUUUCAUUCCUUGCAUACAUUUGUGUAUAUAAUUAUUAAUAUCUUCAUACUUU